AUGCCUUCCGAGAAACGCCAGACCGGGUUUAAAAAACUCCAAAGCUUCGAGACUGACUAUGCGCCCUGCACAAUUACCCAGUAUGUCUCCGAACGCAGUGGCAUGCAAGUUGUCGUUGCCGACCGCAAAGGGCCCAAGGUCAACGGCUACUUCACGCUAGCUACCGAGAUUCUCGACGACUCUGGUGCUCCCCAUACUCUGGAGCAUCUCAUCUUCCUCGGAUCCAAAAGCUACCCCUACAAGGGUCUAUUGGACAAGCUUUCAUCGCGCGCAUACUCUGGUACCAACGCCUGGACCGCCACCGACCACACUGCCUAUACACUGGAAACCGCAGGCUGGGAAGGCUUCUCGCAGAUUCUACCCCUGUACCUUGAACACGUUCUACUUCCUACCCUUACUGAUGAGGGUGUCGUGACAGAGGUUUGGCAUAUUGAUGGCGAGGGCAAUGAUGCUGGUGUCGUUUACUCGGAAAUGCAGAGCGUCGAAAACAAUGGCCCCGAAAUCAUGGAUCUCAAGGCUCGGCGCCUCCUUUAUAACAAGAAUAUUGGCUUCCGCUAUGAGACAGGUGGUAUGCCUGGUGCUCUUCGUAUUCUCACCGCCGACCGAAUCCGCGAAUUCCAUAAGGAUAUGUACCAGCCUCGCAACCUCUGUGUCGUCAUUGUUGGCGAGACGGACCACAAUGAUCUCCUGCAAAAACUCGAUGAUUUUGAAGACAGUAUCGCUGAUGAGAUUCCUGCUCUCAACACUCCGUUCAAGAGGCAAGUUGACACACCCUGGGUGGACUCCGAGCAGCCUCAAGCCUUGACAGAAACCAUUGUGACUACUGCUGAAUUUCCUGACGAUGAUGAAUCGACUGGCGAGAUUCUUGUUGGCUUCUUUGGCCCCAACUGCGUCGACCUCAUUGCCACAUCUGCUCUCAACGUCGUUCUUACCUAUCUCUGUGGUUCUUCCGUAUCGGUACUCGAGAACAUCAUGGUCGAAAAAGAAGAGCUGGCUAGCUCCGUUUCACACUGGUGGGAUUCUCGUCCCAACUCUGUCGUCUGGCUGCAGCCUACGGGCGUCGAGGCGAGCAAGCUCGAGUUCGUGGAGAAGCGUCUUUUCGAAAUUCUCAAAGAUGUCGCCUCUAAGCCUCUGGACAUGGAAUACAUGACCGAGUGCAUAAAGAGAGAGAAGCGGCAGGUUAAGUACCAUGCCGAGAACUCGGAAUCAUUCUUCUCCACCAACAUCAUUACAGACUACCUCUUUGGUAAGCGCGACGGCUCUACGCUUAAAGAUCUCGAGAGUCUGCACGAGUACGCCGUCUUGGAGAAAUGGUCGGACCAGGAAUGGCGCGACUUUAUCAAUAAGUGGUUUAUUGACGCUCAUCAUAUCUCCAUCCUUGGAAAGCCCUCUGUUGAGCUCGCUGAAAAGACAAAGAAGGCGGAGGAAGAGCGUGUCGCAAAGCGCAAGGCAGAGCUAGGCAAGGAUGGACUUGAGAAGCUCGCCACGAAGCUCAAGGCCGCUCAAGAAAAGAAUGACCAGCCUAUCCCGCCCGAUGUCCUUGACCAGUUUGAGGUUCCUGGUACCGAUUCUAUACAUUUCAUAGAGUCCGACACAGCUCGCUAUGGCAAGGCCAAGGCAAUUGGUGCAGGCACUGGUGCCACUCAGGGUGUCAUUGAUGCAGCUCCAACUGGCAAGCUGCCUCUGUUCAUACAGUUCGAGGAUGUUCCGACCAGCUUUGUCCACAUCACCAUUCACCUCGGCACCUCGAAGGUGCCGGUUGAGCUAAAGCCUCUGAUGCCCAUCUUCUCCGAUAACUUCUUCAACACCCAUAUUAUGCGGGACGGCAAGCUCGUCAACUUUGAGCAAGUAGUCAUGGAGCUUGAGCGAGACAGCGUCGGUUACGGCCUUGGUUCCGCACGACUGCUCGGCGACCCCGAAGGCAUCGCUAUCCAGUUUCAGAUUGAGCCCGACAAGUAUGCGGCCGCUGUGGAAUGGAUACGGACCAUGAUGUUCGACUCCGUCUUUGACCCGCAGAGGCUCAAGGCCGCCGUCUCCAAGGCACUGGCCGACAUUCCCGAAUCCAAGCGCAACGGUCAAGGCAUGGCCGCGGAGAUUGACGCUGCCAUCCAUUUGGAUCGCUCGAGUGUGACCGUCGCAAAGCGCGUCCUGGUGCGCGCCGUCUACCUCAAGCGCCUCAAGAAACUUCUUAAGAGCGACCCCGAUAAGGUCGUAUCCUGGUUCAACACAAUCCGCGCUUCACUCUUUACCUUUGAAAACCUUCGCUUCCUCGUUGCCGCACGCAUCUCCACACUACCCGACCCCAUCACGACCUGGGACAAGCUCGCCGCGGCUCUCAGCAGUGAGCCCAAAGAGAUGAUUCCCGUCCCAGCGCUAUCCGCACUUCUCAAUGACGAGGGCCGCAAGCCGGGCUCCGUCGGCGCCACCAUUGUGCCCAUGGCAUCCCUCGACGGCUCCUUUAGCGUCAGCACAACCGCCGGCCUGUCGUCCUACGCCGACCCGCGCCUGCCCGCCGUCAUGGUCGCCAUCAGCUACCUCGAGCAGGUUGAGGGCCCGCUGUGGGUGGCUGUCCGCGGUGCGGGCUACGCCUACGGCACGCACUUUUCGCGCAGCAUCGACGCCGGCGUCUUGUGCUACCGCGUGUACCGCUCCCCCGACGCUGCCAAGGCCAUUACCGCUUCUCGCGAGGCCAUUCGCAAGAUUGCCGACGGCGAUGUACCCAUCGACAAGCACCUGCUUGAGGGCAGCGUCUCGCAGAUUGUUGUCACCUUUGCCGACGAGCAGUCGACCAUGCCGAGCGCCGCGCAGCAAAACUACAUUCAGGGCGUCGUGCGCGGGCUGCCCAAGGAAUGGAGCAAGGAGAUUUUGCGCCGCGUGCGUGCCGUCACAGAAGAGGAGAUGAGAGCGGUCAUGACGGAAGUCAUUCUACCGUGCUUUGCCCCGGGGAAGAGCAACGUGACCAUCACCUGCGCCAAGAUUAUGACCGAGAAUAUGGAAGCGUCCAUCAAGGCGAUGGGGUACAAGGUGCAGACGCGUGAGCUUAGCGACUUUCAUGAUGAUUACGGCCUCGCGGCGCCGGAAGGUGAUAGCGAAGAGGAUGACGAAGAGGAUGACGAUGAUGAGGAGGAUGACGAUGAUGAUGAAGAGGAUGACGAUGAAGAUGACAGCGAUGAGGGCGAGUCUGAUGAGGAGUAG